ACUUUCUAAUAGAGUUAGUUGAAAUAAGGGAAGAUGGCGCAGCAGGGCUGCUGUGCCACGUCUUGUUACGCGACAAAAACCAAAUUAAAUCCCUUUGACUCUUUCUUAUGUGCUUUUAUUUCUUUUAUAAGUUUUAGUCCUUUAAUCGCUGAAGCCGGGCUGUACACAGCAUCGGAUCAGAUUAUUAUUUUAUCCCCGGAGAAUGUGGACUCCGUGCUUUUUAACUCCAGCGCGGCUCUUUUCGUUGAGUUUUACGCGACCUGGUGCGGACACUGCAUCGCGUUCUCACCCACCUGGAAAGACCUCGCCAGAGAUAUUAAAGAGUGGAAGCCUGCUGUUGAUCUGGCUGCUAUUGAUUGUGCUGAUGAAAGCAACCGAAAAGUGUGCACCAAUUUCGGCAUCACUGGAUAUCCCUCUCUGAAGUUCUUCCCUGCUUAUUCAAGCAGCGAGUCCAGGGGCCAGGAUUUCAGAGGAUUUUCAAGGGAUGUGAGAGGCCUUCGUCACUACGUUAUCAAUAAGUUGGAGAUGCACAAUGAAACUUGGCCACCUGCUUGUCCACCUUUAGAGACAGCCAGUGAUGCAGAGAUAGACAACUUCUUUCAGACCAACAGUGUGAAGCUCCUCGCUCUUGUGUUUGAGAGUAAAGACUCCUACGUGGGGAGAGAGGUUACACUGGAUUUGUUGCAGUAUGAAAACAUAGCUGUGCGCAGGGUUUUGGACACCGAGACAAGUUUAGUGUCCAGGUUUGGUGUGACCGAUUUUCCUUCAUGUUACCUGUACAACUCAUCCAGACAUAUCUCUAGACUCAAAGUAUUCAGUGAAGCUCGUACCUUUUACUCAUACGCCCUCCAGAGGUUGCCAGGGGUAGUGCGGACAGGCAAACCCCAGAUUCCCAUCACUGAUCUUAUCAAGAACUCAACUCUACAGGAAUGGAGGCCAUUUAACAAGACACGUGUUUAUAUGUCUGAUUUGGAAUCAGCACUGCAUUACUCUCUGCGUGUAGAGCUGUCUGGACACGUCAGAAUUACUGGAGACGAUCUUAUUGCACUCAAAAAGUACAUCAAUGUACUGGCUAAGUAUUUCCCAGGUCGUCCAUCUGUAAAGAGUGCACUGAACAUGGUGGACAGCUGGUUACAACAACUGAAGGGGACAGAAAUCAAAUACAGUGAUUUAAGAGAUGUCCUGGACAACACGGUGCAGACAAGUGAUGCAGUGUUGCCUGAGGGUGUACAGUGGGUGGGCUGCCAGGGAUCUCAGCCCCAUUUCCGUGGAUAUCCCUGCGCUGUUUGGACCCUCUUCCAUACACUCACGGUGCAGGCUAAAGAAAAGUCCAGCCCAGACCCUCUGGAAGUGUUGCAAGCGAUGAGAAGUUAUGUCAGCAGUUUUUUCGGAUGCAGGCCAUGUGCAACUCACUUUGAAAGAAUGGCCCAAGAGAGCAUGGAUCAUGUGACCUCGCUCUCCAGUGCUGUCCUUUGGGUUUGGUCUCGUCACAACCUGGUCAACAACCGUCUGGCAGGAGAACUCAGCGAGGACCCCCAUUUCCCUAAGAUUCAGUGGCCGUCUCCGGAGUUGUGUCCUAGCUGUCAUGGAAUAAAGAAGACCGGUGAGCACAGCUGGAACCAAGAAGAGGUGCUGACCUUCCUCCAAAACUACUACUCUUCAGCUCGCAUUCUAACAGACUACCUGCAGGACGAGACCCAAGCGCUCAUCCAUCAGAGAAAACGACUCACUGCAGCUCGGAUGGAGAAAGAAGCCGGACGUGGGGCGGAAAGGAGAGCUCGAGAGGUUCUGGACAGCCACCCUGCCGAAGAGCCUCAAGAAGAAGAGCAGGAGGAGGAGGAGGAAGAGGAGGAAGAACCAGCACUGGAGGAGCAAGCCGGUGAACCAUACCCUGCGGGGUUAGAGAGAAUGGGGGCACCUGAAGCAGACAAGGCUGAUAACCAGGCACCUUGGGAGAAACCACAGUCCCAGCAUAAACCAAAAAUUGUGGGAAUUAAAUUACGGGAGCGCCAGGAAGAUAUCGUAGACCUAGAUUUAUUUGUCAACCAACACUAUAAAGCCAAAGCUCUCCGAGCUGCAGCCAUGUCUGGCGUAGUGCGACGGAGGAGUCUGAAGAAGAAAGAGGAUGUGGAAGACCUCCAGUUUGAGGGAGGCUGGAGGGUGAAGCGAGACCUGGGAAGCCAGGAAGAGAACCUCGGUGCUGGGGGCGGGAUAGAGCCGUACCCCAGACCCCAAAGCAAGCGCUGGAUGUCCCUGCUCAGUGUGGGAUUCUCCAGGCUGGAUGUGAGCCUGUGUGUCCUGCUGUACCUCCUCUCCACCAUGUGUCUGCUCGCCAUGUACCUGUAUUUCAAACUGAGGAUAAAGCUGCGACAUGCUAAAGUGUCUCUGCCUUAGAGCAUCGCUUCAGUGCAA